AUGGGAGCAAGAAAUCAGGUUUACUUUAAAAGGAUUGCUUUGGCAGCAGUUUGGAGAAAGGAUACGUUCCUUUCAAUUGUGUCCAGUACUCCUCAGACUAAGAAUAGUCUGCAAAUUGAAAAUCAAAAGAGACAACUAGCUAAACUAGAGAAGAGAGAGGAAGAACGAUGGAAUAACUUGUCCCUAUAUAUUGAAAAGGAAAUUAAAGAAAGUCCUAAAUCUGGAAUAAAAAGACUAGAAGAUUUUCUACAAAUAUGCCCUGUUAAAUCUGUAAGAUUUACUGCAGAAAUGGUAGGAAUGGAUGCCUGUUUCAAAUUAUGGAUGGAAUACUGUUUAAAAACAGAAGCAGAAUCCAGAGAUAUAAGCAUAAUAAUUAACUUGAUGAAAAGGAUUCACAUAAUCCAUGAAAAAUAUUCAGAACUAUUACAAAAUACACAUCGACAAAAAUUAGCCAAAUAUCUAAGAUAUAUUGGAUUUGACAACUUGGCACACUCAUUAUAUCCUCAGAUAAUAUCUACUGAGAAGGAUAUUUCUAAAUAUUCAGUUCACAUGGGAGCAGCUCGGUUUCAGUUAACGUACAUGGGACCUUACUUAUUUCGAGAAGAAAGAAGCGAUCCAGAUCCCAGGGUGCAACAUUUUAUACCAGACACAUGGCAGAGAGAACUUCUUGAUGUUGUAGAUAAUAAUGAAUCUGCUGUGAUUGUUGCUCCGACCUCAUCAGGGAAAACCUAUGCAUCUUACUACUGCAUGGAGAAAAUCCUGAGAGAGGGCAAUGAAGGGGUAGUUGUAUAUGUUGCUCCAACAAAGGCUCUUGUUAAUCAAGUGGUGGGAACUGUCUGCAAUUUAUUUACCAAAGCACUGCCAAAAGGAUUAGUGGUGUGUGGAACUUUUACAAGAGAUUACCGUCAUGACGCCUUGAAUUGUCAGAUAUUGGUGACAGUGCCUCAGUGUUUGGAAAUACUCCUGCUAUCACCUCAUAAUCAAAAAUGGGUGAAAAGAAUGAGAUAUGUCAUAUUUGAUGAGGUUCACUGUCUUGGGGGAGAAAUUGGAGCAGAAGUUUGGGAACAUCUACUUGUUAUGAUUCGGUGUCCCUUUCUGGCACUUUCUGCUACUAUCAGUAAUCCUGAACAUCUCACUGAAUGGUUGGUGUUAAUUAAAAGAUACUGGCAACAUGUUGAGAGCACAAUGGAAAAUUUUGGUUCAUCACAAAAUGCCCUGAAAGCUUCAAAGAAACAACAAAGAAAAAGAAUAGAAAAGUCAUCACACAUAGUUAGACUGGUAUGGUACAAAGAACGAUACAAUGAUCUAGAAAAGUAUGUGUGUUCUCUAAAAGAUAACGACUUUCUCAUUGAACACUAUCACCCAUGUGCUGCACUUACAGUCAAUCAUAUAGAGAAAUACGGAAUCCCUUUAGACCUUGGAUUUUCUCCUCGGGAAAGCAUACUGCUUUAUGAUGCUAUGGUACAUGUUUGGCCAGAAUGGCCAAGAAUGCAGGAGUUAGAACCUGAAGAAUUCAGCUGCUUCAAAAAUAAGGUAGUCAUCAUGAGGGCAGAUGCCAAGAAAUAUGAAGAGGAACUGAAAAAGGAAGUGAUUCAUUGGACUCACCAUCCUCUGAUAUCACAAGUCAUGGUAAAUCAGUUACUGGAGUACCUUAAGCCUCAAACUUUUGACAGUUCAGAAACUGAAAAGCGAAGAAUGUUUCCUUGUUUUGUGGAAAAACUUAAAGAAAUGGAUAGGCUUCCUGCAAUAUUUUUUUCAUACAACAUUCACUCAGUGGAAUUAUCAGCUUCACGACUUCUUACUAAUUUGAUAAAUAAGCGAAAUACUCAUAACAAUCCAAUUUCUGAAAGAGAGAAGAAAAAUUUGAACAAGAAAUUAUGGAAGGCAAUAAGAUCUCAAAAGAGAAACUAUGCUGCUUUUUUAAACUCAGAUUCAAAUGCUAGAAUUCAAAGAAUUAUUUUAUGGGAGGCUGAAAUAAAGGAAAUAAAGAAAAACAUUAAGAAGCAUAAUGAAGUUUCUCCUGAGUGUACUUAUACUGAUCAUACAGCUGUGGAUAAUCAGACUUUAAUGAAGAUCUUACGCAGGCUGAGAGGAACAAGACAAUGCUACAAACUGCACAGUCUGUUACGGCGGGGCAUUGGAUAUCAUCAUGGUUCAAUGGAGUAUAAAGAAAGACAAGUUGUAGAGAUGCUUUUCAGACUGAAGCAUAUCAAGGUGGUAACAGCUACCUCAACUCUUGCUUUAGGAAUUAAUAUGCCAUGCAAAUCUGUUGUUUUUAUGGAAGAUUCUGUGUUUUUGGAUGCCUUGAACUUUCGGCAGAUGUCGGGUCGUGCAGGAAGACGUGGAGAAGAUCUCAUAGGAAAUGUGUUCUUCUAUGAUAUUCCGUUACCCAAGAUACAAAGGCUCUUAAAGUCGAAUGUGCCCAAACUGAAGGGUCAGUUUCCUCUAAGCAUAUCCUUGGUUCUCAGACUUAUGCUGUUAGUUGCCAAAGCAAAUGACAAAGAGGAUGCCAAAGCCAAGGCAUUAUCAGUUCUCCAGCAUUCAUUGAUGUCCUUCAAGCGACCAAAGAUUGAGUGCAUGUUAAAAUUUUACUUCAUAUAUUCUUUGCAAUUCUUGGUCACAGAGGGAUACCUGAAUGAAGAAUGUGUUCCCAUUGGAUAUGCUGGACUUGUGUCCCAUUUGCACUACCAUGAACCUGCAAAUUUCGUUUUAGUAAGCUUGCUGGUGAAAGGUUUAUUUCACAAGUUGUGUAUUCCAAUCAGCAUAGACGGCCGAAAGACAUUUUCUGAAGAUGUGAUGGAAACCUUAGUGGUGGUGUUAGCAAAUCUUUUUGGAAGACGUUAUCUUCCUCCUUGUGUGGAAAACUUUAAAAAGAAAUUUUCUCUCUCAAAGGUAACUCUAGAUGAUCUUCCCAAGGACUUUGCUGCAGUAGUAGAGGAGCACAAUAACAGAAUGCAAGGGAAUUUUGGUUCCUUCCUCCUAACAAUUUCUAAGUUGGCUGACAUGAGAAAAGAAUAUCAACUACCUCUCUCAGAAAUUGACUUUUCAGGUAAAGAAUGUGAAGACUCUGAACUGGUCUCUCAUUUGAUGCCUGGGGCUGAAAGCAGAACUGCUGUCUCCCCAUUUGCUUGCCUGUCCAACAUAACGGAUCAAGAUUUAUUUGACAUUAAUGUGGUAAAUGAUGCUAUGUUGCAAACAAUUAACUUGAAUGUAAAAAAUAUUCCUUUGCUUUGCUUGAAUAAAUAUGAUAAGACUGGAAGGAAGUGUCCAUUGAAUGCUUAUGCAUUGAACUUCUACAAACAUGGCUCCCUGUUAGCGCUGACUUUGGAUAAUUGGCUAAAUAUGGGAGAUGCUUUUAAUUUAAUCAGAGAUUUUGCUCUUGUUAUUCAGUCUGUCAGGAUUUCACUAAGUGAAUUAUGUGAUGAUGAAGAUGACAAUGUUGUGCUGGCGUUUAAACAGCUAAGUGAGGCAUUCAAGACAAAACUUUGGAAAAAAAGAAGAUAUUGACAAUGUUAAACUUUACUCAAAUACUGUGCUCUUAGAAAACAGAGAUGAUCAAGAAAUUUUCCCACCCUUUUGUGUUUCAGGAAAUGGCUUACUGCAUAGAACCAUUCUUUCUCAUGACUUAGAUAAGACUCCUAGAUGUUGCGCUUGUUUACCUAUGACAAUCCUCAACACACUCUCCAAAUUCCCAUUCUUCGUCUUAUAAAUAAUUAGCUGAACUAACCAUCAGCUAAGUAGCUGUUUUCCCUUGCUGACCAAUCUGGAUGAAAUACCUGUUAACUUGACUUGACUAAACUUGAGUCAGGCUUCUCCGCUCCCCCCAAAUCCCUGAACUUUAACCUACCCUUAGGCUCCUCCUGAAAAGAGAAGCACUCCUAGAUUAACCAUCUCAGAUCAGCUGUUUAAUCUUGGAUGGACUGUGACUGGCUAUGUCAACCAAAGACAUUCCCAGAUCAACUGUACAAUCAGACCACACAUUCAUCUCAUCCUCCCACACCAGAUUCUUUCUGGCCUUGUUUACUUAUCUCUAUUAAUUAAAAAUCCUUUUUUGGCUAACAUUUAAGACCUCUGCAAAUCUCAUGGUGAGAGCUUUCUCCUUUUUGCAUUAGCCCCUCAUUCCCUGGUGCAAUAGGCCUCACCACUUACUGCA